CUGCAACACAGAAGAGUCUAUUAUAGGAGAGAAGUUUCCUCCGAUGGCAUUCAGACUAUUGGAGAGGAUAAACAUGAUGUGCUACUAGUGACGCAGAGAACAACAUGGACAGACAAUAACAAAUCAUCACGCUAGGGGUGCAGUCUUGGUUCGUUAUGACAAGUGGCUGUGUGGAAGAUGUCCACCCUUUCCAAGACUGAUAUCACUGAUGUUGGUCAUGGGGACUCUCUGUGCUGUGCCAGUGAAGAGGGCCCUUCAGCAGCGACAGCAGAAGUGAAACAGGAGAAACUCAGUCAGACGGUCUCAUACGGCACCUCACACAAUGAGCUGCUGCUCAUGGAGCCCAGCGACAUCAAGAUGUACCCCACAGAGGACACACCUGCACCAGAGGGUCACCCAGUCAAGAGAAAGAAAGGCCCUGCUCCCAAGAUGUUGGGGAAUGAGGUGUGUAGCGUAUGUGGAGACAAAGCAUCUGGCUUUCAUUACAAUGUGCUGAGCUGUGAAGGCUGUAAAGGUUUCUUCAGACGCAGCGUCAUCAAAGGAGCGCAAUACACCUGCAAAAAUUCGGGCCGCUGUGAGAUGGACAUGUACAUGCGCCGCAAGUGUCAGCAGUGUCGUCUGCGCAAGUGCAGGGAGGCCGGCAUGCUGGAGCAAUGUGUGCUGUCAGAAGAGCAGAUCCGACUAAAAAAGAUGAAAAAACAGGAAGAAGAGACGGCGCGCACCUCUGCAGUGGCAACACCCAGCCCUGCUCCUGAGAUGCCCCCUCUGGCUCCUGAACAGCAGGAGAUGAUCGAAAAACUGGUGGCCAUGCAGAAACAGUGCAACAAACGCUCUUUUCUUGACCGGCCCAAAGUCACACCUUGGCCACAGAGUCAGGACCCACUUAACCGAGAGGUUCGACAGCAGCGGUUUGCUCAUUUCACUGAGCUGGCCAUCAUGUCUGUGCAGGAGAUUGUAGACUUUGCUAAACAGCUGCCUGGCUUCCUGGAGCUAACCCGAGAGGACCAGAUCGCCCUGCUGAAGACCUCAACUAUAGAGAUCAUGCUGCUAGAGACUUCCAGACGUUAUAACCCAGCGAUAGAGAGCAUCACCUUUCUCAAAGACUUCAGUUAUAAUAAGGAAGAUUUUGCCAAAGCAGGGCUGCAGCUUGAGUUUAUCAACCCCAUCUUUGAGUUUUCAAAAGGCAUGAAUGACCUCCACCUGGAUGAGGCGGAGUACGCUUUGCUCAUCGCUAUCAACAUUUUCUCAGCAGACCGACCGAACGUGCAGGAUCACGAGUUAGUGGAAAGACUACAGCAGCCAUAUGUGGAUGCUCUCCACUCUUACAUCCGAAUAAAACGACCCAACGAUCAUCUGAUGUUUCCCCGGAUGCUGAUGAAGCUGGUCAGCCUACGCACACUGAGCAGCGUCCACUCAGAGCAAGUCUUUGCUCUGCGCCUCCAAGACAAGAAACUCCCACCUCUGCUUUCUGAAAUUUGGGAUGUCCACGAGUGAGCCGGGCCCUCCGCCUCCAGGACCGAAUGAGCUAGUGUCAGGGAAGCAUGGGUGGGCAGGGGUCCUCUACAGACAGAACACAGGGUCAGGAUGUCCUUAAGGGCUGAAAUGUCUCCCACUGUCACGAGAAGCCUGCUUUUAUCAUUCUCUUCCUUGACUUCUGUAUUUUGGAUCCAGUGGUCAGUGAGCUGCUUCCUUUGAAUGUGCUGUUGAUAGACUGUAUGGCCAGAAGUAGCUCAGGGACCGUUCAGAACAGAUAAUGGUUAUUUGAUCAUGCUCAUUAGAUUCAGAGACUGACCUGCUAGAGUGAGCAGCCACAAACAGUGUGGUCAUGAUUUUUUUUUUUUUAGUCGUUGUUGUUGUUUAUACCUAAUGUUUCCGGUACCAAAAGCUUUGAGCAAGUUUUGGCAAUGGUUUCUACUUUCUAAUUAACAGAAGAGGUUGUCUUGAAGGUUCUUCAUUGCAGAAAUGUAGUUUAUUUACAGUGUUUUUGUGAUUCCACUCUGGGUGAUUGGUUGAUGGCUGAUGGCCAUUAGAUUUUUUUUGUAACAUGCAUAGAUCACGUAUAGCAAUGAGUAACAGUCUUCUGUUAGUACUGACUCAUUUGCUCCUUUUUAUGACAUGAUGUUUGAAAUGCAUUUAGUCUCUAAUUAUGUUAAAAUGCAAUCUUCUGUUAACACCUAAAGGUUUUUUUUUUUUGUUUUGACAAAAUCAAUCAGUGCUUUACCAGUGCAAGCCAUUCGGAGCCCAUGUUAAACUGAUCCAGCAUAUCACAACGUACACAAGGAAUUCUGUUUUCUGCUGGUUGGAAUAUUCAGAAGAAGAACUGACAAACCAAAUGGCCUGAAAGUACUGCAGAUGUAUUCUGCACACCAACCCAGUGUUUUGGAGUGGUUAUAAGUGCUUAUCAGUGUAGCAUAUGGUUGUCUGGGAUCGGUAAGAGUGACUGGAGCUGUUAACCCGAAUCAGUGUGCCGCUCAACUCACAGCGACUACUGAGAUGCAUAGAUGGAUAGAUAACCUUCAAGUGUGAAGCCUUCUGAAAACUUAAUGCAGACCAUGAUUAUUCUUUUUCCAUUACUUUAUUAUGUGUAGUUACUGCAGUCUCCAACUUAACAUGCUGUAGUUUCUUUUUUCUUUUCUUUUUUGACUCAUCAGUUCUACUUGGAGGGCUGAUGUUGUUUGACAAUCCAUUCUCGAAAACAUAACAUACAUACACAAACUAAAUCUCAGUUUGAUGCCUGUGUCUUGAUCAAUGUGUCAUUUUUGUCCCUGAAUACAAAUCCCAAACGAACAGUACAGAAAUAUAAAUCUUCCAAAAUCAGUGGUUGAAAAUAAUUUGGGCCAUUGUUGUUGUACUUCACUUGAUUUUUAUUUGUAUUUUUUUCUAAUAGCAUUGUUCUAUUUCGUUCUAUAUACACCUAUUCUUCAAUGAGUGUAGUUUUGUCAGCUUUUAUUUACACGUACUAAAUAAUUUAAUUGAAAUCUUUAAUAUUCCUUUUUGUGUGAUUUUUUUUUUUUUUUUUUUUUUUGCAAUUAUCUGGAAGUCUGUUUUAACACAGUUUUGUUGUAACUCACUUGUACAUUAUGAUGAUAUUCAGAUAGUCUGAAUGCACACAGAAUAAAACCACAUUAAGAGAGAUUGGCAAUGUAUGCGAAAGAAACCGUAUUGUAUGAAACUUAACUGCAUCUCAGCAGUAUCUCUGAAAAAAGGGACUAGGCAAAUGAGAGCGCUUCGUACCUUAUGCACCAUAACAAUGCAACUAUCCGGUGUGACCACAUACAAUUCAGGUUUUACUGAUCUUAAAAAACACUUUUAUGAUGGGCAUGGUUUGUUUUGAAUCAAUAAUAGAUUUUAACAUUGCAAAAAUAAGCAUUAUUUCUAUGGUUGACUAAUACAGUUGGUUUGCUGUGUCAUUCUUUGCCCUGACUGCAUAUUGACUUUGUUUGCUAAAUCAGAUGCUGAUUUGUACAUUUUUAUACCACCUUUGUCUCAGCUAGUGUAAUUGCUAAAUGCACACUGGUUUUCUCAAGAUCUUUUUGAUUUCUGAUUAGACUCGUCCAUGCUCAGUCUUUUCCAAUCUUUCACAAGGGCUUGAAAAUGCAAGCGUGUCAAUGCAGUUCUUUUACCUUCAUCUGUUCAGCAGCCAAACUCAAGACAGUUCACAAGCUAAAACUUGGUAUAAAUCCCACUGGAAGACAUACGUUGUUAAACCUGAGUGUUGUUCCUGAUGAUUUGUCAUUGCUUAUCAUCUGUUUGUGUGCAUGUUCUGAGGGCAUAGACAAAUUCUAGUCAUCACUGAAAUGAGCGUUUACUCCCGCUGCUCUAAGCGCUUUUCUCCUAACUGAAAUGCUAAAAUGAUUUUUUAACAGAAUGUUAUUAAAUGAGGCAGAGUGUAAUGCAAAGUUGAUUGUAGUUUAAUAUAUUUGCACCCUUUCAGCUCAGUGGACCUCAUUGCUCUGAUUAACAUUAGUCUUCAACAGAGAGUCAUGGGAGGAUGACAACGCCUUAAGUCCUUGGAUGUAUUCUGCUUUGUAUGUGUAAAUUAAAAGUAGACUAAAUUUAUUGUUCUGUGAGAGUAUAUAUUUAUCUGAUAAAAAUGCUGAAAAACC